ACGGUCCCAGACUUAACGCCGUAAUUGAGUCCUCCCGAGAGUAGCGGUUGAUUGACGUUUUGUUGCAUUUUGUCUUCUCACAUUCUCUAGGUGAAUUUUGAGACUCUUUUGCCUCAACGAGGAUCCUCAUCAAAUCAUUGGGAAAGAAACGAACGAGAUGGGCGAAGAUUUCAACGGAGAUCGUGAACGUCAGGAUCGUGACAAAGAACGUGAUAGGGAUAGGGACAGAGACAGAAGACACAGAUCUCGUAGUAGGGAUCGUAGGAAGCGUUCUAGGUCACGCUCUAAAGAACGCAGAGAUCGUAAGCGUAGUACCUCACCCAAAAAGAACCGCAGUUCUAGGAGGAGAAAGCCAUCACUCUAUUGGGAUGUACCACCUCCAGGAUUUGAGCACAUCACUCCUUUACAGUACAAAGCGAUGCAGGCAGCAGGACAGAUUCCAGCUAACAUAGUAGCAGAUACUCCACAAGCUGCGGUGCCAGUUGUUGGCAGUACAAUUACACGACAAGCCAGACGACUUUAUGUUGGAAACAUACCCUUUGGUGUAACUGAGGAAGAGAUGAUGGAGUUCUUUAAUCAGCAAAUGCAUCUUUCAGGACUUGCACAAGCUGCAGGCAAUCCAGUUCUUGCCUGUCAGAUCAAUUUGGAUAAGAACUUUGCUUUCUUAGAGUUCCGUUCUAUAGAUGAGACUACACAGGCUAUGGCUUUCGAUGGCAUAAACUUCAAAGGACAGAGUUUAAAGAUUAGAAGGCCCCAUGAUUACCAGCCCAUGCCUGGAAUGACAGACAAUCCAAGCAUGAAUGUACCAGGUAUGGUUCCCGACUCACCUCAUAAGAUCUUCAUUGGCGGUUUACCCAACUACUUGAACGAGGAACAGGUGAAGGAGCUACUGAUGAGCUUUGGGCAGUUGAGAGCUUUCAAUCUCGUCAAGGACUCAGCCACUGGUCUCUCAAAAGGUUAUGCCUUCUGCGAGUACGUUGACGUCUCGAUGACUGAUCAAGCAAUCGCUGGUCUUAAUGGAAUGCAACUUGGAGACAAGAAACUAAUCGUACAGCGCGCCAGUGUAGGAGCAAAGAAUCCAAUGAUCGGUGCUCAGGCACCGGUGCAAAUUCAAGUUCCUGGCCUCUCCAUGGUCGGCACCAGUGGACCUGCUACUGAAGUUCUUUGUCUUUUGAAUAUGGUCACACCUGAGGAGCUUAUGGAAGAGGAGGAGUACGAGGAUAUCCUCGAGGAUAUUAAAGAAGAGUGUAACAAGUAUGGCGUGGUACGUUCCGUCGAAAUACCAAGACCCAUAGAAGGUGUCGAUGUUCCAGGAUGCGGCAAGGUCUUCGUUGAAUUUAACAGCGUGAUCGACUGCCAGAAAGCACAGCAAACCCUGACAGGACGGAAGUUCAAUAACAGAGUGGUAGUCACAUCGUAUUUCGAUCCGGACAAAUAUCACCGUAGAGAAUUCUAAAUUUGCAUAAUCCUUCGCUCCCACCCACUUUUCAUACCGAUUAACGGAUAAUCGAUUAUUUGUCUAAAGUCUACUGUUUACUAUAUGUAUGUAUACCAGUGAGUAAGUAAUUCACGAGUGAGCCAUAACGAGAAGUUCGAUCAGCCAUGAAGAUUAAUGGAAUUCGUGAACUGAAGAACGUUUUAUUUUAAAUAAUAGUGAGCGACACAGUUUGCUAUUUCGAAUCAAAUCUUUUGUUUUAUCAUUCACACGCAUGCUCACUCGUUCGCUCACUCGCUCGCUAACUAACUCACUAACUGGAUCGCUUAGUCCAAUUUGAAACAUAAGUCAAGAUUGAGAAGAAAGUGAAUAACUACUAAAGGAAUGUAUGGAAACAGAGAAUGAAUGAUUGCAUUAUUCGGGCCCUGAACUUAUAAGACAAUUGUACAAUAUACGAUAGAAUUUAGGCGUUAUUGCCGCACGACAGAGCCCAAUACACUCGCUAAUAAAUGACACGGUCCACUGCUAGACACAGGGUGCAGCGAUUCGGGGCGAUUAAGUAAUUAAACAGGAACGACACACCGUAUUAACGGGCACUAAACUUGAAAAAGGACAGCACUAACUAUACGGAAAUAAAAAGCCCUCUGUCUUUGUAAAAAA